CUGGCAGGUGUCGUCACUCAGGUGCGUCAGUGACGUCUAAAGAAGCGGACGGAGGAAAUAAAAGGAGAGAAGAGGGGGACUGAAGCAAAGGGAAGCUAAGGUUGGCGUUUGCAGCAGCAUGAUGAACUCAAACCAGGGCACCGUGGGCAGCGACCCUGUGAUUCUAGCCACGGCAGGAUAUGACCAUACGGUACGCUUCUGGCAAGCACACAGCGGCAUCUGCACCCGCACUGUGCAGCACCAAGACUCUCAAGUAAACUCCCUUGAGGUGACCCCAGACCGGAGUAUGAUUGCAGCAGCAGGUUACCAGCACAUCCGCAUGUAUGAUCUGAACUCCAACAACCCCAACCCAGUCAUCAAUUAUGAUGGCGUCAGCAAGAACAUCACGUCGGUGGGGUUCCACGAGGACGGGCGAUGGAUGUACACUGGCGGGGAGGACUGCAUGGCCAGAAUAUGGGACCUAAGGUCCAGGAACCUUCAGUGUCAGAGGAUCUUCCAAGUCAAUGCUCCCAUCAACUGUGUUUUUCUCCACCCUAACCAGGCAGAGCUGAUUGUCGGUGAUCAAAGUGGAGCCAUUCACAUCUGGGACCUAAAGACUGACCAGAACGAGCAGCUUAUUCCUGAGACUGACGUUUCUAUCAAUUCGGUGCACAUUGAUCCGGAUGCCAGCUACAUGGCGGCUGUCAAUAGCUCUGGAAACUGCUUUGUCUGGAAUUUGACAGGGGGCCUGGGAGAAGACCUGACACAGCUAAUCCCAAAAACCAAAAUUCCAGCUCACAAACGGUGCGCCCUGAAAUGUAAAUUCAGCCCGGAUUCCACAUUGCUGGCCACAUGUUCUGCGGACCAAACCUGUAAAAUCUGGAGGACCUCUAAUUUCUCUCUCAUGACCGAACUUAGCAUUAAAAGUAAUAACCCCGGGGAAACGUCACGAGGCUGGAUGUGGGACUGCGCCUUUUCAGGGGACUCCCAAUACAUUGUCACUGCAUCCUCUGACAACUUGGCGCGGCUGUGGUGCGUCGAGACUGGCGAGAUCAAGCGGGAAUACAGCGGGCAUCAGAAGGCCGUGGUUUGUCUUGCUUUCAAUGACAGCGUGCUGGGGUAACAAAUGUCUGCCGUAGAGCAUGAUGGACACUGAGCGUAUAUUUGCUGUAUGGACAGGGAUGUGGUUUUGAUUUCUUUGAGUCCAUAAGGGAACCUUGGCAAGCAAAACACACAGCCCUGGUGAAAGGGAGAUGGCCUAUAUUACACUAUAUUAUAGCACACUGUGUGGUGUAAUUAAGGGGGUAUUUCUAGGGAACACAGAAGUUGGCAUCCUUAAGGACAACUUACAGAGGACCACAGCAACCAAAAUGCUGCCCUUGCCCCUGGAUAGACAGAGCAGACUAAUAUUAAAGAUGAGCCACUGGCCUGCAUUGCUUGUAUUACCCCCUCUAUGGUUGGCACUUCUGAACCUGGCAGUGUUGGCCUGAGGGGCCAAAGGAUCAGAUUAUCUCUGCCCUCGGAGAGUUGGUUUGUGUAAUACCAUUUAUACAUCUGAGAUGCGUGCAAUAACCAAGUAAAUAAAAAGAACUAUCCACAGUGGGGACGUUAUUUCCAUUAAGUGGCAUGUAUUUCUCUUGUGCAUAAAAAUAUAUGUUUAAUUGAAUUGAA